GAUCCCUCAAUAGCGCCAGCGAACAUUGGCCAGUCAACAUUCCUUUGAAAAACAUGUCGGAUCUACAGAGAAAUGCGAUGAAGAAGUCGUUAGGAAUUCCUCCUCUUCCUUCGAGGCUUCCAGGGCGAGGAGGGGGAGGCUGGCAUGCAAGACGGCAGAGGAGAGACUAUACACCAGUAGCAUGGGAUCAUUAUUUUGAAAAAAGAAAAGAUGUUGGUGUAAAAGAUAAAGAUUUGUUUAGGGUAUAUUUCUCUGGAAACGAGGGACCCCUUCUGCUGUUGUUACAUGGCGGAGGACAUUCUGCCCUCUCUUGGGCUGUAUUCACUGAAGCUGUGACUAAACUCUGUCAGUGCCAAGUGCUGGCAUUUGAUAUCAGAGGUCAUGGUGACACAAAAACAAGUGAUGACAAAGAUCUUUCUGCUGAUAGAUUGGCAGAUGAUGUUGGUGAUCUGGUUACUUCCAUAUAUGGUGAUUCCCCUCCCCCAAUUCUUCUCAUUGGCCACAGCAUGGGUGGUGCUAUUGCUGUUCACGUUGGGGUCAAGCAACUUCUUCCAUCUCUUAUAGGACUCACACUUAUUGAUGUUGUAGAAGGCACAGCACUGGAUGCACUUUCUUCCAUGCAGAACUUUUUGAAAAGCAGACCAGAAGCUUUCAAGUCAUUGGAACAUGGUAUUGAGUGGAGUGUCCGAAGUGGUCAAAUCCAUAAUGUGCAGUCAGCAAGAGUGUCAAUGGCUGGCCAACUGGUCAGGUGUAAUGAUAGCAGUACAGUGCCGCCAGAACCCGAGAGGCAUCCUACGCCACCUCAUGGUAUAAUAGAUGCAAUCACUGAACAAGAGGAUGAAGAUGGGGAAGAAGACAGAGCGACCACAUCCAAAGACACACAUCAACAAACAGCACAAGAUAACCUGCCAGUACAGAAUAAGAAGGCUGAAUGCUGGAAAUGGAGAAUUGAUUUAUCAGGAACAGAGCAGUAUUGGAAAGGGUGGUUCACAAACAUGUCAAAGCUAUUCCUCUCAGUUGAAGUUCCCAAACUCCUACUACUAGCUGGGGUUGAUCGCUUGGACAAAGAACUCACUAUCGGACAAAUGCAAGGAAAGUUCCAGAUGAUUUUGUUGCCUCAGUGUGGGCACUGUGUCCAUGAGGAUGCUCCUGACAAGGUCGCUGAGGUUAUUGUAACGUUUCUGUUGCGCUAUAAACUGACUGAAGCCAAGGGGGAUUUCGUCAGACCGAUUCCUGCAUGCUAGCCUUGUAAAACCAGAGCUUUUAAUACUUAAAAGUAUUCCACCUUUCUUCCAUGAGAGAUCCGCGCAUGCAUUGUCACCCCAAACACAAAACAAAUACAAGAGAUAUAUUUAGCUUGUGCAAAAUUGUUCCCACAACAUACGAGUCCCAAGCUAGUAAAAAUCCUUAUCAGAUUGAUCUACUCCUUUGACCACAAGAAGAGCUUGAAGUGUGUACUGCUGGACCAAGUCCAAGAAAGUCUACUUCCAUCCUAGUUUGACAAUGUACUCUAAUGUAGUUUAUCAAGCAAUUUUACCUUGUUGUAAAUGCAAAAAAAUACAAUAUAGUAUCCUGCCCGACAUA